AGGGCAGGGAGCGGAGCCAUGCGGGCCAAGCUGCAGCUGCUGUGCGCUGUGGCGGCGCUGCUCUGCGCCGCGGCACCGGGUCCGCACCGCGCUCGGGGCGCGGCGCCCGCCGUGCCCCCUGCGGGCGAGGGCGAUGGGUACGGGAUGAAGCUGUGCGGAAGGGAGUUCAUCCGCGCCGUCAUCUUCACCUGCGGCGGGUCCCGCUGGAAGCGCCUCUCCGCGCUGGCCAUGGAGCCGACGGCCGCGGCCGAUUCUGUGAGAACAGCAAGUAACAAACUACUGGGAAACUUGAAGCUGCAGUCAGUUUCGGGUCCUGAAGUGGAGCAGCCACGGAGAAGCAGCCAAUCUUUUGGAUGGGAGAUGAUUAAUGACUUGUAUAAUUUGAAUGACAAUAAUGAGUAUGUACCUGGGGCAGAUGACUUUAAAGAACUUGUUCGAAAGGUAGAGGAGGCUGUUAAGAAGGAGAGGGGGGGAACAGGAAUUGCAAACCCCAUGGGGUCAAACAAUUACCUUUGGGCCAAGUAUCCCAGAAGAAAACGUGACUCUCUGGGGUUGGCAGGAAUUUGUUGCAAAUGGGGCUGUACAAAAGCUGAAAUAAGUGCCAUAUGCAGAGUUUAAAAUCCUCUCCGCGUUUACGCAUGAAAUCAAUGUUUGUUGCAGUGCUACUUUAUUGAAUAAUAUACAAAGAAAGCUCUUGCUGUAUUUUAUUUGUGUUUGUGUCUGUGUGCCUGUUAAUACUGCUGAUUGUCUUUAAAAGUAAUAAAAAAAAUUUAAGUGUAAUUGUAGUGACUUUGGUUUGCUGCAGUAACUUUCAAUCUGUUUUUUACUAAGCCUUUUCAUUUUAAGGUUGAGCCUUUAACUUACUACAAGUGUAUUAUAUAUUUGUAGCCUUUUAGGAAGAACUUCAAUAUUUCAUAAAAGGGCAAUUACACUAAGUGUUACAAAAGUUUUCCUUCUCUGUCAACUGAAGGAACAUCCAGAUAUGUUCUUGAAAUGCACUGUGCAAAGCUGUACAGAAAGAAUAUUUCACCAGUUGAAAUUCCACUCAAUUCUUACUGAGUUUACUGAUUACUUUUGAACAUACUUUUCUAAUUCCCUUGUAAUUGCAGAAUCAUUUUAUGCAAUAUUGUCUUUCUAGAAACUUUACCACAAUACAACACUUGCAGCCAAAGAAUUUCUUCUCCCACUCACAAAUGGGCUUAGCAGGUGAAUUAUUAACACAAUUAUUCCUGUGUAUCUUACUUCCUGUUUUCUUCCCUACCACUGCAGAGCAAGAGCAUUGGGUGUGCUUAAAGUAAUUUGUUCUACAGACACUCAGACAUCUUCCUGUGUCUUCUUAUGGUGUGCUAGUCUGCUCUGCUUUAGAUGUAUUUCUAAGUUGCUAAUAGCACAGUUGUUACCUUUGGAAAAGGCAACCUGAAGAAUUAAGCCAUACUCUUCUUUGAUUGAAAUACUGCUUAGUGAAAUUAUUGCAUCACUUUAUUCCUUUUCCUAAGACACUACUAUUUUCCAAUAACCAGGCAUCUAACAAU